CGGAAGCACGUGUCGGAUACGUCACAGUUGGAAAACAAAAACAAAUCGCCGUCCUGCUCCAUCUCUGUUGUUGUUGUUGUGUGACAGUUUGUCGCGUGUAUUGCUUUAAACCCGCUGCGUGUCGUCUCGAGUCUACGUGUUCAUGGUCGUCCUGAAGCUGUAGUUUACCGGUAACUUCACGGUAACGGGAGUUUAGCAGCCAUGGCUCAGCAGAGAGGAGUCAACAGCCUGCAGUUCAACCAGGACCAGAGCUGUUUCUGCUGUGCUAUGGAGACGGGGGUCCGGAUUUAUAACGUGGAGCCCCUGAUGGAGAAAGGCCACCUGGACCAUGAGCAGGUCGGCAGCGUGGCCUCGUGCUCCAUGUUACAUCGAUCCAACCUGCUGGCCGUAGUUGGAGGAGGAGUCAACCCGAAGUUCUCAGAAAUAUCAGUGCUGGUGUGGGACGACGCUCGGGAGUCUCGAGACCCCAAAGACAAACUGGUUCUGGAGUUCACCUUCACCAAACCUGUGCUGGCCGUCCGCAUGAGACACGACAAGAUCAUCAUUGUAUUAAAGAACAGGAUCUAUGUAUACAGCUUCCCAGACAACCCCGUCAAACUGUUUGAGUUUGACACCAGAGAUAACCCCAAAGGUUUGUGUGAUUUAUGUCCCAGUCUGGAGAAACAGCUGCUGGUGUUUCCAGGUCAUAAGUGUGGCAGCCUGCAGCUGGCUGACUUGUCCAACACCAAGCCUGGAACAUCGUCUGCCCCUUUUACCAUCAACGCCCACCAGAGUGAGAUCGCCUGCGUGGCUCUGAACCAGCCCGGCAGCGUGGCGGCUUCAGCCUCUCGUAAAGGAACGCUCAUCCGCCUGUUCGACACGACCACCAGAGACAAGCUGGUGGAGCUGCGCAGAGGAACCGACCCAGCCACCCUCUACUGCAUCAACUUCAGCCACGACUCGUCCUUCCUGUGCGCCUCCAGUGAUAAAGGCACAGUUCACAUCUUUGCACUCAAAGACACCAAACUCAACCGCCGCUCUGCGCUGGCGCGUGUUGGGAAGGUGGGCCCUGUGAUUGGUCAGUAUGUGGACAGCCAGUGGUCAUUGGCCAGCUUCACCGUGCCGGCUGAGUGCGCCUGUAUCUGCGCUUUUGGAAAGAACACGUCCAAGAACGUCAACUCUGUCAUCGCCAUAUGUGUGGACGGGACCUUCCAUAAGUACGUGUUCACCCCGGAUGGAAACUGCAACCGAGAAGCCUUCGACGUGUAUCUGGAUAUAUGUGAUGACGAUGACUUCUGAGGCCACGGCGUGGCGAGGAAACACGAGGACACGCUGACGAGUGGAAACGAGUCGUUAAUGAUUGCUGUUGUGUUCGGGGACAGAAGCAGAGAAUCAGAGACGUUUCUCUGCCGCGUCACAUGACCUCCAGCUGAACGAUGUUUUCAGUCAAACUCUCAUUAAAACCCAUUUUUGAUAAGAAAUCCAUAUUUAGGUGUUUGUUGUGACUCGUGUAACUUUGAUUGAUCUUCAUGCAGCUCCAGUGUCUCUAUGAGAUGUUCAGAGCAUGUUCAUCAUUCCUGCAGAAAUGUCUUUAAAAUCUGUUUCCAGCAUCAAAUAUGGAGAUUUGCUGCUUUUUCUCUGUUUUACAUCUUAAUAAAGUGACAGAACAUUAAAGACAAA